AUGCCUAAAUUUAUAAUCUUGAUUUGCUUAAUUUUUACACUAUUAUUUCCUGUCGAGCCCCUAAAAGUGCUCGUCUAUUCCCCGGCAUUUGGUGGGAGCCAUACAAAUUAUAUGGCCAGAUUGGCCGAUACAUUAACAGAAUCUGGGCAUAAUGUGACUUUUUUCAUGCCAAUUAUAGAUGAAUCUAGAAGAAAUCAGUUGGGUGUGAAGUUGACGAAGGAUGUGAUCAAAUUGGAGCAAGACCAAAUAAUGAGGGAUCGAAAAAUCAGCAUCGACAAGAUCACUGGCAAAUUUUGGACGUUGGAUGUGACUUCGAAGAAUGGAAGACUCCUCUAUGAAACGUUUUACGAGCAAGUCAUUCUUCUAUGCGGGAACUUGUUCAGGAACACAAAAGUUAUCGAAGAGUUGAGGUCCAGAAAGUUUGACGUUGCGAUUUUCGAGCCACUUAUGACAUGUGCAUUGGCGCUGUUCCGGCAUUUAGAAAUUGAAAAUGUAGUAAUGGCGAGUUCAUGUCCGAACUACGAUAUGGCAAUGGCGGCAAUGGGAGAGCCAGCAGAUACCAGUUAUGUACCAGCCGUGUUCGCUGACGUCUCCGGAGACCGUAUGGAUUUCUCCAACCGGCUGGAAAAUCAUGACAUGUACCACCUGAUGCUGCAAGUCUACACAGAAAUGUUUGAUGAUGAAGCAAAGGUGUAUAGAAGUUUCCUUGGAGAAGACUUCCCGGAUUGGAGAGAUCUGAUUCCAGAUGCAUCUCUGCAUUUCACAAAUUCAAUUCCACACUUGGAUUUUCCAAGACCAUCAAUUCAGAAAUCAAUCGAUAUCGGUGGAAUCUCAGUGGAUGUUGAGAAAAUAAGAUCCGAAGUGUUGAGUGAUGAAUGGGAUCAAAUUUUGGACGAACGCGAGAAAAAUGUGUUUUUAUCAUUUGGAUCCAUGGCAAAGUCAUUUGAGAUGCCUGACGAUUUUAAAAAGAAUUUAGUAGAUGUGUUUCGAUUGAAACCAAAUGUCACUUUUAUCUGGAAAUAUGAAUCGGAUGAUGUGGAUUUUGCAAGAGGAGUGCAAAAUGUGAAAUUUGUCAAAUGGGCUCCACAAACCGCGCUUUUGAAUGACCAUCGCCUGAACGCCUUCCUUGGACACGGCGGACUUGGAAGCACUUAUGAGUCUGCGUUCCUAGGAAAACCAUCUAUAAUGGUUCCCAUUUUCUUCGACCAAUCCCGUAAUUCUAACAUGAUGAGUCGUCUUGGAACAACGAUAACUUUACAUAAACGUGAUUUGGGGAAUUUCAAGAAACUUCGAGAAGCGUUUUCUGACAUUUUGUACAACUCGAAAUAUGUCGAAAAUGCUCAAAAAGUGGCAAAUAUGUUGAGAGAUCAGCCACUGAAACCAAAGGAUCUAGUGGUGAAGUAUAUAGAAUUUGUUGGGAAAUAUGGUCCAUUCCAUCAUAUGACUCCGUACAGUGUAAAAAUGCCAUGGAUUCCACGAUACAAUUAUGACAUUUAUUUUUACAAAUUUUCGCUAUUUUUAAGUCCAUGCUUAUUGGUUUUUGUAGGAUUUUCAGUUGUUAAACGAUUUUUGAGAUUGAGACUGUUGAAAAAAAUUGAAUAG